CUAAACAUGUCCGCGUCCACUAGUCGUUGCGCGUUUACACAACUAUAAAUAUUGAAGACAAACACGCGUCACCACGUCCGAUUUCACGUCGGUGAAGUAACUAUUACAUAAAAAAUCACGUUACAUUUGGUCAGCUAUCACAACAACAGGUACCGUAGUAGGAAUACGUUUAAUUUUAGACUGAAUAACAAAGGCAAGGCACAUACCGCCAUACGCAAUAUAAACGUUGAUUUCUACAGAUAAAUAAAGGAUGGCAGAAGGAUUAGAUGAACCGUCAAUCCACAGACUUGAGGGAACACAGAAUCAAGUUGGUGGACUAAUUCUUAAGAAGCCAAAAAAUACGGAACAUACCCAUGAGUUUAAAGCACCAAAUCUGCCUCAAAAAUCAUUAUUUGGCUUGGACAAACUUGCUGCAGCGAAGCGGAAACAGCAGCAAGAAAACAAUGAUCAGGCAACUGAAAAGCGAUCAAGAGUUAUGUCGUACAAGGAUGACUGGGAAGGAGAUGACAUUGAGGAUGAUCGUGAAGACAACAAGGGCAAUAAAGAGUCACAUGAAAGGCAUUAUCGAUCUUCAAGAGUAGAAACCCCUUCACACCCUGGAGGUGUCACAGACUCAGUCAGGGAACAUCUACAUAUGAAGUACAAAGAUAAAGAAAGAGGCGUGACUGCAUCUUCGAAAAAGAAAGCUGGAGGGAGGAACAUGGACAGAGGAAGAGAGUGGGACAGAAAUUACAACAGGCAGAGGGACAAAGAUCAUGGGCGAGAUAGAUACAGGGGAAAGGGCGAGCAUUCGGAGAGGUCACAAAGGUCAAAUAGAAGUGCCAGGAGUUCAAGGAAUUGGGAUGACACACCUCGCAGCACAAAGUUUAAAGAUGAGCCUGGAACACCUAAUGUUAGAUUGAAAGAUGAUCCAUCGCGGUCCGCGUGGGACGAUGAUGACCCCACACCUUCUCGGCGAUCCACGUGGGACCAGCCCACUCCAUCGUCGUACACCAGGCGACAGUUCGACAGAAGUGACAGAAGUGACAGAAGCUAUAGAUCGAGCUAUGGGAGAUCAGAUCGGCGGAAACAUGUUGAUGAGACCCCACUGCCAACCCCUACCUAUAAGCGCAAUGCGUGGGCAGACAGACGCCGGACACCCAGAUACAAGCAAGAUAGCAAAGAGAUGAAAUUUGAAGACGAUGAAGACAGAGCUCAGUGGGAAGCAGAGCAGAAGCGGCUCGACAGAGAAUGGUACGGUAUUGAUGAAGGAUACGACGACAAUCACAACCCGUUCUCCGACAUCUCGGCAGAGUACGCCCGAAAGAAGGAAGCCCAGUUGGAGGAGCGAAAAAAGAAGCGUAUGUCGGCCAUGCAGCGGCAGAUCAACCAGGAUAAUGAAAAGUGGGAGGAGAAUCGGAUGCUGCGGAGUGGUGUCGUACAGCGCGUCGACUUUGACGAGGAUUUUGACGAGGAUAAUGUCGCCCGCGUUCACCUCCUCGUUAAGAACAUCGCUCCUCCCUUCCUCGAUGGUCGCAUCGUCUUCACCAAGCAAUCACUCCCCGUGGUUCCGGUAAAAGACCCAACUAGUGAUAUGGCGGUAAUCUCAACGAAAGGCAGUGCAGUAGUAAAGGCAUGGAGAGAUCAGAAAGAGAAGAAGAAGGGACAGAAGAAGCAUUGGGAGCUUGCCGGAACCAAGUUGGGAAACAUCAUGGGUGUGAAGAAGGAAGAAGAAAAGGACGAUGCUGUUAAAGAAGACGGAAGUGUUGAUUUCAAGAAAGAGCACAAGUUUGCAGAUCACAUGCAGGCAAAGACAGAGGCUGCUAGCGAGUUUGCAAAGAAAAAAACAUUACUCCAACAGAGACAAUACUUGCCUAUAUUUGCUGUUAGAGAACAGUUACUGACAGUGAUGCGAGACAACAGCAUUGUAAUCAUCGUAGGUGAGACUGGGUCAGGAAAAACCACACAGCUUACCCAGUAUUUUCACGAGGAGGGCUACUCGAAGUAUGGCAUGAUCGGUUGCACACAACCGCGUCGUGUAGCUGCAAUGUCCGUCGCAAAGAGAGUAUCCGAGGAGAUGGACGUCCAACUAGGAGAGGAAGUAGGGUACGCGAUCCGAUUUGAGGAUUGCACCAGCGAAAACACCGUCAUCAAGUACAUGACUGAUGGUAUUCUGCUGAGAGAGUCGCUCCGGGAACCGGACCUUGACAACUACAGUGUGGUUAUCAUGGACGAGGCUCACGAACGAUCGCUAAACACGGACGUGCUGUUUGGUCUGCUGAGAGAUGUGGUGGCAAGGAGACAGGACCUCAAGUUGAUCGUGACAUCAGCCACAAUGGACGCGGGCAAAUUUGCGACGUUUUUCGGCAAUGUUCCAACCUACACGAUACCCGGCCGUACGUUUCCCGUGGAAAUUAUGUUCAGCAAAAACGUUGUGGAGGACUAUGUUGACAGUGCAGUAAAGCAAGCUCUCCAAAUACAUCUGCAGCCAUGGGAGGGUGAUAUUCUCGUCUUUAUGCCAGGGCAAGAAGACAUUGAAUGCACAUGUGAUAUGGUGCGAGAGAAGCUCGAUGCUUUGGAUGAAGCUCCGGCACUUGCGAUCUUGCCAAUCUAUUCCCAGCUUCCUAGUGAUUUACAAGCCAAGAUUUUCCAAAAGGCCCCUGAUGGCAUUAGGAAGUGCAUUGUGGCUACUAACAUUGCUGAAACAUCUCUAACAGUUGAUGGCAUCAUGUUUGUUGUUGAUGCUGCCUACUGUAAGCUGAAAGUCUUCAACCCACGAAUAGGCAUGGACGCUCUGCAGGUGUACCCCAUCAGCCAGGCCAAUGCAAACCAAAGAUCUGGCAGAGCUGGCAGAACCGGUCCUGGGCGCUGUUAUCGGCUUUACACUGAGCGGCAGUACAAAGAGGAGAUGUUGACAGCUACUGUGCCCGAGAUUCAGCGUACGAAUCUGGCCAAUGUUGUGCUACUGCUUAAGUCCCUUGGUGUUCAGGAUCUUCUGCAAUUCCAUUUCAUGGAUGCGCCUCCUGAGGACAACAUGCUGAACUCGAUGUAUCAGCUGUGGAUCCUGGGUGCAUUAGACAACACUGGAGCGCUCACACACCUUGGACGCCACAUGGUCGAGUUCCCACUCGAUCCUGCCCUCUCAAAGAUGCUUAUCGUCGCAUGUGACAUGGGUUGCGGUGCAGACAUACUGAUAAUUGUCUCCAUGCUGUCAGUUCCCGCAAUAUUUUAUCGGCCGAAGGGCCGUGAAGAGGAGGGAGAUGCAGCUAGAGAAAAGUUCCAGGUGCCAGAGAGUGAUCAUCUUACGUUUUUAAACGUCUACCAGCAAUGGAAAUCGAACAGCUAUUCAUCGUCCUGGUCCCAGGACCACUUCAUUCACAUCAAAGCAAUGAGAAAGGUGCGAGAGGUGCGCCAGCAAUUGAAAGAAAUCAUGGACCAGCGAAAGAUGCCGCUCAAAUCCUGUGGCACAGACUGGGACAUCAUACGCAAAUGCAUCUGCUCCGCCUACUUUCAUCAAGCUGCGAGACUGAAGGGAAUCGGCGAAUACGUCAACUGCAGGACGGGCAUGCCGUGCCACCUGCAUCCGACGUCGGCACUGUUCGGCAUGGGCUACACCCCGGACUACGUCGUCUACCACGAACUCAUCAUGACCUCGAAGGAGUACAUGCAGUGCGUGACGGCGGUCGACGGUAACUGGCUCGCGGAACUCGGCCCGAUGUUCUUCAGCGUGAAGCAGACGAGCGCGUCGCGGCUGGAGCGGCAGCAGAAGGCGCGCGACGACAUGCUGACGAUGGAAGAGGAGAUGGCGCUCGCGGAGGAGCAGAUUCGCUCGCGCCGGGAGGAGCACGAGCGCGCGAGCGUGGGAAGUGCCAAGCUGCUGCCGAUCGCGACGCCCGGUCGCCAGGAUCUGAAAACCCCCCGUCGAACCCCGACGCAGUUUGGGCUGUAACGGUUGUCAGGGUCCGAAAACCCCUCGUCGAACCCCGACGCAGUUUGGGCUGUAACGGUCGCCAGGAUCCGAAAACCCCCGUCGAACCCUGACGCAGUUUGGGCUGUAACGGUCGUCAGGGUCCGAAAACCCCCCCGUCGAACCCCAGCGCGGUUUGGGCUGUAACGGUCGCUAGGAUCCGAAAACCCCCGUCGAACUCCGACGCAGUUUGGGCUGUAACGGCCGCCAGGAUCUGAACCCCCCCCCCGUCGAACCCCGGCGUGGUUUGGCCUGUAACGGUUGUCAGGGUCCGAAAACCCCCCAUCAAACCCCGACGUAGUUUGGGCUGUAACGGUUGUCAGGGUCCGAAACCCCCCCGUCAAACCCCGAUGCAGUUUGGGCUGUAACGGUCGUCAGGGUCCAAAUACUCCCCGUCGAACCCCAAUGCAGUUUGGACUGUAACGGUCGCCAGGAUCCGAAAACCCCCGUCGAACCCCGACGCAGUUUGGGCUGUAACGGUCGCCAGGGUCCGAAAACCCCCCGUCGAACCCCGAUGCAGUUUGGGCUGUAACGGUCGUCAGGGUCCGAAAACCCCCCGUCGAACCCCGAUGCAGUUUGGGCUGUAACGGUCGCCAGAGUCCGAAAACCCCCCGUCGAACCUCGGCGCGGUUUGGGCUGUAACAGUCGCCAGGAUCCAAAAAACCCCCGCUGAUCCCCAGCACGGUAUGUGCUGUGAGCGCGGCGAAUUAAAUCGCAGUGCACGGUAGCAAAGAUUCCAAAAUGCGCCAUUAAACUUUGAUUAAAUAUGAUGUGACAAAAAUUUGAGUUUAGCUAUUAUAUUUUUACACAUGUUUCUUAAAUGGAGGUAUCCUUAUAUGGCCAGAGAUCUCUCUGCUUAAUGAUUGCUUCUGACAACUAUAAUCUACGGAGUUAUGCGAUCCAAUACUGAUAUGAUAAGGUUGAGAAGAUUAAUGUAUACUAACCAUCUUAUAGAAUUUAGUUCCAUCAUGAUCAUAUAUCUCAUUAUGAAAUUAAGGCAGAUUUUUUUCAAUCUAGCUUAUCUGUUAAUGCCUGCCUAAAAUGUUUUAUUUGCAUAUUUUCAAGAAUAAAUGAGAAUUUUCUUGAAGGUGUGACAUACAGCACCUGGUUUAAACUAAAUAGGUUGUAAAUGCAUAAAUGUUCACAGGAUAUAUUCAUCUGUAUAAAUAAUGAAUAGAAUCUGUAAUUGUACAACGGUCUCUAUACUAUACACUAAAUAUUUAUAUUAUACAAUUGUACAAUUGUAUAUUAUACAAUUGUACUAUAAUACAAUGAUUUAACGAAUUGUUUAGAGACCGUUGGACAACUGAGUUGUUGUAAAUACAAGGUGUGAAUGAUGUUAUCAAGUGCAAAUUAUUUAAAAGAAGCGUUGGCGAACUGACGCUGCCGCGUAUACAUAUAUAGUUUUCAAUAAUAAAGUCAUUCAUGUAGGCUGUGGUAUCCUUUCAUUGGUUGACAUUGUUCAAAUAUAGUAUCAACUCGUUGUAAACAUGCGUGUGACUAUUUCUAGCAAUUCUUAUGCAAGGCAUUUCAGACGUGUUGUGGCAACUACCUAUGCAGAUAAUUAGACAAAAAUUCUGCAGCAUUGUCACAGUAUGUAAAUACAUCUAUAUCAGAAGUAGAUAAUAGGGAAUAUAUAUGUUUGUACCAAUAAAGCGAAGUAAAAUAAAAAGUCAA